UGUGCCUUACCUUUAUUUUAAAGGUUCUUCCUUUUAACUUUCUUUCUCAUACUAUUCUCCUUUUCCAAACACAUUAAUACUUUAAUCAACAUGAGGUGAGCUAUUUGAUUAAACAAUUUAAGAACUUUCUAUAUGAGUUUUACUAGAAUAUCAGUCAAAAUUAUAGGGCUAGAAGAGCACUAUAUAUACUAGUAGUUCAGAGAAUUCUCAAGUACCAACUUUGCUAAAUAUCAAGAAAUUAAUUAAUCUCUUCUAGCUCAUUUUGUAGCCAUGAAAUUAUUGAUAAUCUGUUUUCUUUUUUUGCUUUGUUAGCUGUUUUUCAUGGCCUAGUAUACAGAGCGAAUUGAAGACGUAUAUAGUACAUGUUGAAUCCCCACAAAGUCGAAUUUCUACUCAGUUAUUAGCAGAUCAGGAUGUCGAGAGCUGGUACCGGUCCUUCUUGCCGAAUACCGUAGCAAGCACAAGCUCGAAUGAUCAACAGGUGCCGCGUUUAGUAUAUUCAUAUAGCAAUGUGAUGAAAGGCUUUGCUGCAAGAUUAUCAGCAGAGGAAGUGAAGGAAAUGGAGAGGAAACCGGGCUUUAUAGAUGCAUGGCCGGAGAGGAUUUUGUCGUUGCACACCACGCAUAGUCCGAGUUUUCUUGGAUUGCAACAGAACGUUGUUUGGAGGGAUUCCAACUAUGGUAAAGGCGUGAUCGUUGGAGUCUUGGACAGUGGGAUUUUCCCUGACCAUCCUUCAUUUAGCGACGAAGGAAUGGCCCCUCCGCCUGCUAAAUGGAAGGGCAAGUGUGAGUCGAACUUCACUACAAAGUGUAACAACAAGCUCAUUGGAGCGAGAUCUUACAUAAAAGAUAAUCGUUCGCCAAUAGAUGAAGAUGGACAUGGUACUCACACAGCCAGCACAGCUGCUGGUGGUUUUGUGAGAGGUGCCAAUGUGUAUGGAAAUGCAAAUGGCACUGCUGUUGGAGUCGCCCCUCUUGCUCACUUGGCGAUUUAUAAGGUCUGUGACUCUUUUGGUUGUUCUGACAGCCACGUUUUAGUUGCCAUGGAUGAAGCUAUUGAUGACGGUGUUGACAUCUUAUCGCUUUCCCUUGGUGGCUUUACUAGUCCCUUUCAUAAUGAUCCCAUAGCACUCGGUGCAUAUAGCGCGACUGAAAGAGGUAUUCUUGUGAGUUGCUCGGCAGGUAAUAGUGGUCCAUACAAUAGUUCUGUUGCAAAUGAAGCUCCGUGGAUUCUCACUGUAGGAAGCACUCUCGAUAGGAAAUUCAAAGCCACUGUUCAAUUGGGAAACAAACAAGAAAUCGAGGGUGAAUCAGCUUUCCAUCCAAAGGAGUUGAACUCGACAUUCUUUCCUCUGUAUGAACCUGGAAAGAAUGAACGCGAAUUUACAGAAGGUUCUUAUUGCCAAGAUGUUUUAGAAUACACUUCUAAUGGAGGCAAAAUCGUUUUGUGCCAGGUCGGUGGUGGUAUUACAAGAGUUGGAAAAGGACAAGUUAUAAAGAAUUCCGGAGGCAUUGGCAUGAUUGUAAUCAAUGAGGAGGAAGAUGGUUUCACAACAUCAGCCGAUGCUCACGUCCUUCCUGCCUUGGAUGUUACUUAUGCAAAUGGAAUGAAAAUUCUUGCAUACAUGAAUUCAACGAAGGAACCUGUUGCGCGGAUUACAUUCCAAGGAAUGAUAAUAGGUGAUAAAAAUGCUCCUACGGUUGCUAGUUUUUCUUCCAGAGGACCAAGCACAGCUAGUCCUGGAAUCUUGAAGCCGGAUAUUAUUGGUCCCGGUAUUAACAUUCUUGCUGCUUGGCCUACCUCCAUGGAGAACAACGCGUACACAAAGUCGACCUUCAAUAUUAUUUCCGGCACCUCUAUGUCCUGCCCUCACCUCAGUGGAAUAGCAACAUUGCUAAAAAGCGCACAACCCACCUGGUGUCCUGCAACUAUCAAGUCAGCAAUCAUGACAACCGGUGAUACAGUAAACCUCGCCAACAAUCCCAUCCUAGAUGAAAGGCUUCUAUCUGCAAAUAUAUUUGCGGUUGGUGCAGGUCGUGUCAAUCCGUCAAGAGCAAAUGAUCCAGGAUUAAUAUAUGAUACUCCAUUCAAGAGCUACUUACCUUAUUUGUGUGGUUUGAAUUACACCAAUCGACAGGUUCAAAACCUUCUACAAUGCAAGGUGAACUGCUUGGAAGUGAAAAGUAUUCCUGAAGCACAACUAAAUUAUCCUUCAUUUUCCAUCACACUCGGAGCAAAUUCUCAAAUGUAUACUAGAACAGUAACUAACGUUGGGGAGGCAAAAUCAACUUACAGUGUGGAGAUGGUUUCACCACCGGGAGUUUCCGUGAUUGUUAAUCCCUCUACUCUAAAAUUCUCUAAGUUGAACCAGAAGUUGACAUAUCGAGUGACCUUUUCAAGAAAGGCCAGUAGUUCAACCAGUGGUGUAGUUCAAGGAUUCUUGAAAUGGACUAGUAACAGGUAUUCCGUAAGAAGUCCAAUUGCAGUUGUGCUAGUCUAGCGAAACUGCUAGAUUUGGUUAGUAGUUUCUUUCAUGUUUAGUAAUUUGAUCCUUCUACAAUAAGACUGUAUUAGUUGUUCCUAUCCAAAUAAAUUCUUUGAGUGAUUCACUGAUAUCAAACGAAUCUGCAUUUUUACACUGUUAUCAGUAUGUAUAACUUAAUUUGCAUGAAUAAAUUAGAGACUAGGCCAAUUAGCAGCCCCAUAUGCUUUCCCUUUUCUUGUUUUUUUGCAUACUAUGCCGUUUUGCCCGUUUGACUUGGAAAAUGAUUCCUUCGGCCCCGCCAAAGCAACCCGAUCCAUUUAAUAGGCCGUCGAGGGACCGCCCGAGAAGUAUC